CAUUUUUUCCAGCAAAAUCGCUCCGUGCAUUUUCCCGGGAAAGUUCCUACAACCCAAACCGCUGAAGAAGCUUUGCUUCUGAACGAACUUUCUGCUUCACUUCCUCCCACCGUCCCAAUUCCCAGGUGAUUGAUUGCAAUGAAACUUGAUUCAGGCUAACAGGCUCGGGACGGUUGUCUUGCAGCAACCGCAUAAUCAUCAUGGGUUUUACUUCCUAGGUAAUGAAUUGGACCAUUUGGUGUCUGUCUUGUGACGGUCCUGGAUGUCAUGGAUAGUGCCUCAGGUCCUGCUUCAGAACUUCUUUCCCAGAUUGUGGAGGGAAUGGUUGAGAUCAUUGGUUCUGCCAAAGAAGUUUUCCUGAAAAAGUGCUGCUUUCAGGAGCUGGCCUUGUACCUGGAGAGGAUUGUUCCUGUCCUGAAAGAGUUGAAUGCAAAAGAUUUAGGUAGCUCUGAGGGCUUAACUAAUGCCAUUGAGAUUCUGAACCGGGAAGUCAAGGCUGCAAAGCGCCUGACUGCGGAUUGCGCCACAAGGAACAAGGUUUAUCUGCUGAUGAAUUCGAGAAACAUCACCAGGCAUUUACAGGACAUAUCGAGAGAAAUCAGCAGGGCUAUAGGUCUUCUUCCUAUGGCUACUCUGGAUCUCUCAUCUGGCAUUUUUGAGGACAUCACUGGCCUUUGUGAUGAAAUGCAAAGGGCCGAGUUCAAGGCAUCUGUAGCAGAAGAAGAGAUACUGGAGAGGAUUGAGUCGGGUAUACAGGAGCGAAAAGUGGACCGUUCUUAUGCCAACAGCUUACUUGCUCAAAUAGCUGAAACAGUAGGAAUUUCGAAUGAGCGGUUCGUGUUGAAGAAAGAACUUGAGGAAUUCAAGGACGAAAUUGAAAAUGCAAAACUUAGGAAGGAUCAGGCUGAAGCUAUACAGAUGGAUCAGAUCAUUGCUUUGCUAGAAAGAGCAGACGCUGCCUCGUCUCCUAAAGAGAAAGAAAGAAAAUACUUCACCAAGCGGAGGUCUUUGGGUAGCCAACCACUAGAACCACUUCAGUCAUUCUAUUGUCCAAUUACUAGAGAUGUUAUGGUUGACCCUGUUGAAACUUCUUCAGGCCAGACAUUUGAGAGAAGUGCCAUCGAGAAGUGGAUGGCUGAGGGGAACAAUUUGUGUCCUUUAACUAUUACCCCCCUAGACACAUCAGUUCUUCGUCCAAACAAAACGUUGAGGCAAUCAAUAGAAGAAUGGAAGGAUAGAAAUACAAUGAUCACAAUUGCUACCAUGAAGUCAAAACUCGAAUCUGAAGAAGAGGACGAAGUUCUUGGAUGUCUGGGACAGUUGGAAGAUCUGUGCUUACAGAAUGAUCAGCAUCGAGAAUGGAUGGUGCUGGAGAACUACAUUCCUGUUAUUAUUCAACUGCUCAGUUCAAAAAAUCGUGAUGUUCGUCAUAAUGCUCUUGACAUCCUCUGCAUUCUGGCAAAAGAUAGCGAUGACGCAAAGGAAAGAGUUGCACAUGCUAAUAAUGCGAUCGAGUUGAUUGUUCGAUCGCUUGGAAGGCGUACUGGGGAAAGGAAGUUGGCAGUGGCAUUGCUGUUAGAACUAUCAAAAUGCAAUAAAGUGAAGGACUCCAUUGGGAAGGUACAAGGUUGCAUUCUCCUAUUGGUGACCAUGUCAAGAAGUGAUGACAGUCAAGCUGCCGCAGAUGCAAAACAGCUACUGGACAAUCUCUCUUUCUCUGAUCAUAACAUCAUACAAAUGGCAAAAGCAAACUAUUUCAGACAUUUUCUGCUAAGACUAUCAACUGGGCCAGAUGAUGCAAAAUUCAUGAUGGCAUCAACUUUGGCCGAAACUGAGUUGACUGAUCACAAUAAGGCAUCUUUGUAUGAUGGAGGUGUACUCAGUCCCCUUCUUCACUUGGUCUCAAGUGAUGAUAUUCAUAUGAAAACAGUGGCAGUAAAAGCUAUCCGGAAUCUCUCAAGCUUACCUGAAAAUGGCCGAAAGAUGAUUGAACAAGGGAUAGUACGACCAUUGCUCGACAUUCUUUUCCGACACGGUUCAUCAUCGUCCUCAAAUUUGCGGGAACAGGUUGCAGUCACGAUUAUGCACCUUGCAAGAUCUACAGUGUCUCAGGAGGAAUCCAGCCCAGUUCCAGUUUCUUUGUUGGAAACUGAUGAAGAUACGUUCAUGCUUUUCUCUUUGGUGAACCUCACAGGGCCUGCAGUGCAACAAAGAAUUCUCCAAACCUUCCAAGCCUUGUGCCACUCCCCCUCAGCAUCAUAUAUCAAAAUCAAGUUGAUUGAGUCAUCCGCCGUGCAAGCGUUAGUUCAACUGUGUGAGCACGAGAACUCAGAUGUCCGAUCAAAUGCUCUGAAGCUGUUCUGUUACCUCGUAAAAGAUUGUGAAACAGAAAUUAUCAUGGAACACGUUGGCAAAGAGUAUAUAGACACCUUGGUGAAAAUCAUCCAGAAAUCAGAUGAUACCGAAGAAGCUGUUUCUGCAUUAGGCAUUAUCUCUCACCUCCCAGAAGAACCACAGAUCAUCACAGAAUGGCUUCAAGAUUCUGGUGCGCUUCGAGUAAUCUUCAAAUUUCUUCAAGACAAAACUAAGAAGAACGAUCCCCACAAAAAUCAGCUUGUUGAGAAUGCAGUGGGAGCCAUGCAUCGUUUCACUUUGCCAACUAACCUGGAACGGCAAAAGAAAGCAGCAGAAAUUGGGCUUAUUCCAGUGCUAGUGAAGUUACUGGACUCGGGAACUACUACCUUGACAAGGAAGUAUGCUGCCACUUGUCUAGCUCAAUUUUCACAGAGUUCAUUUUCCUUGAGCCAGCAAUUGACAAGGCACAAGGGAAUGCUGUGGUGCUUCUCGGCCCAGCACGAUCCCGGAUGCAUUGUCCAUGGGGGGAUCUGUACCGUCGAAUCGUCAUUCUGCCUCGUGGAGGCUGAUGCCAUACGGCCUCUAGUAAGAGUUCUCGAGGACCCCGACUUUGGAGUGUGUGAAGCCUCUUUAGAUGCACUCUUGACACUGAUUGAAGCUGAGAGACUACAAUGUGGUAGCAAAGUGCUGGCAGAAGCUGAUGCAAUUCCCUCCAUGAUAAGAUUCCUUAGUUCGUCUACAUCAUGCCCUAGCUUGCAGGAGAAGGCUUUGUGUGGCUUGGAAAGGAUUUUCCGGCUGCCGGAAUUCAAACUGAAGUACGGACAGUCUGCUCAAAUGCCUUUGGUUGACCUGACACAGAGAGGAAGCCACCACGUGAAGUCUCUCUCUGCCCGGAUCCUGGCUCACUUGAAUGUGCUCCAUGAUCAGUCAUCUUUCUUUUGAAACACCUAUUUAGCAGAACAAUACAGCCACAAUAGUCCAUUUGAUUUGAUUAUUAUUUGGUCUGAGAUGAUGAAAGGGCCAAACGAAAAUCUUGUCUCCUGUAGAGGGAAUGCAAAGCAAAUCCAGAUGAUCUUGUGGAUAGAGGGAUUGUAAUUAGAUUUACAUUUCUGCUAAUUUAUGGAAGACAAAAACAUGUUGUAGGGAUAUUCCCUAACAACUCAAUUGUAGAGUUUUUGUUGUAUUGUAAUGCAGGCAAAUAGUUCAUAUAUUUUUUAAAUCCACAUAUUUUGUUUCUUUUAGGGUAUGUAAGAGUGGUUGAAAGUGCUUGAUAGCCACUUAUUUUGUCAUAAUGGAAAG